GGGCGUGAACCGCGUGAUCCGCGUGGUGUCGACGGGCGACCUCACCUUCUCGCUGGACGAGGCUGCGGGCAACGCCAGCGCCAGCAGCGGCGGCGGCGCGGCUCAGACCAUGGUGUUCCCGGCGCGCGGCGAGGACGCGCCGCUGGCCGGCCUCAUCUGCAUGACGACGCCCGGCUUCGCCGCCACGCUCGUCGUGCUGCUGGCCAUCCUGGUGGUGUCGUGCCUGCUGUCGGCCUUCCUCUGCGUCAAGCUGCGCCCCUUCUCGCACAAGAGCCCCGACGCCGCCCCCGC